UAAUAGCGGGCAACAUUAUUAAUCAACCGCCAUCUUUAUGUUACAGUUGAUCAAAUAUUAAAUUCGCGUCUGAAACUACUUUAGUUUUUGUUUUACUGAUUUUGUUAUAAAAACAUAAACAAAAUAGGUGCAUUUAGUUUUUCUGUUAAUAAAUAUUUGACAGUUGCAUCGAAAUGAGUACCGCUGCUUCUACUCCGUUGUUUGCUUGUUCCCGUUGUUUCUCAAGACAUCCUUUCGAGGAGUUGUCACCUGGUGAACAGUUGUGCAAGGAAUGCCGUGGAUCAUUCCCGGUCGUCAAGUGUACAUACUGCCGUUCGGAGUUUCAACAAACAAGCAAAUCAAAUACUUCUUCAAUCUGCAAGAAAUGUGAGGCAAAUGUCAAGGCUUAUGGAAAGCCCACGGCUUGUGAAUACUGCAACAUCAUUGCUGCAUUUAUUGGGAACAAAUGCCAGCGAUGCGCCAACUCGGAGCGCAAGUACGGCGCGGCGGUCACCUGCGAGCAGUGCAAGCAACGCUGCGCCUUCGACCGACACGACGACAGCAAAAAGGCACCGCUGUGUCAGGUGGACGGCAAGCUGCUGUGCUGGCUGUGCACGCAGUCGCUGAAGCGCGCGCUGGCGCGCACAAAGCAGCACAUCUCUGCGGUCGACAAGCACAAGCAUCGCGCGCACAAGUCUAAAGGUGGACAUAGAGAAAAACGCAAGUCAGAUAUGAUGAAAUCAAUGAAUGCAAAUGAUUCACUCGGUGACUCACAGCCACUGGAAAAGAAAUCCAAAUUAAACCCGCUGCAAGGUAAAAGAGAGUUGGAUCCCCACAGCUCCGACCACGUGGUGGCGAUGACGCAGUUGAAGGAGACCAUCGCCAGUUUGCAGAAGAGGGUGCAGCAAAAAGACAAUGAACUUCUCGCCAAAGACAAACUGAUCACUGAAUUGAAAGCUCAACAUUUAAACAACACAACAGACCUCCGGAACGAAAUGAAAAACAAAGACCGUCUGAACGAGACGAAAUUCAAUCUAAUGAAUAGCAAAAUUCAGAAUUUGCUCAAAGAGGUAGCGACCCUAAGUAAAUCGGCGAAGAAGAACAAUAAGAACACGAAGGCUGCGCUAGCGCAGAGUACGGAGAACAGCGGCAGUGGGACCGACAGCCCGAGCACCAAUUAGAACAAUUAUUUUUCAAUAAUUUAUUCUUUAGUGUUUAUAUGCAUAAUGCCGAUUUCUAAAUUCGUAAAAUCUUCACGAAAUGCCAAUUUCACAGAUAAAUAAUGAUGAUAAAGUGAUUUAGUAAAACAAUCAAAAAGCUUUCAGGAAACUUAUUCAACGUGUUUUUGAAAACUGUCAAUCUGUUGGUGUGAUUUUGAUUCUUGAUUUUAUCGUAAUGUUUCUUUGAUAAAUUUGCAAAGUGGCAUUUGGUGAAAGUUCGACUUGUUUCAAUCCUGGCAUUCUGCACAUCAACCUUUUUAGUAAUAUUAUGAAAAACAGCGGAAAACUAUUUUUCCUAUUAUUUUUUUACUCUACAAAUGGUUUUAUUUGUAGAUUUUAAACUUAAUCGUAAGUAGAAUUCAAUUUGACAACAGUUCUGUUUUUUUAAUUUUUUAUUUAUUGUAAUAUCUAUUUUUUACCUGAUUUAAGUACAGGAAUAAUGUUAAGUGCCCAGAAAAUUUCAUCUCAUGUGAAUGACAACAAAACGGGUAAUGUCUUAGGUCCAUAAAAUCAUUUUUUUUUUAUUUUUUUUUUAACGAAUUUUGUUGGUUUUUACUUCCUAGUUUGGAAAGUAAACCGGCACCAACAUAGCCUAGGGACUGAUAUCUUGGAAUUCGAUCAUCCUUGCAUUGUGCCUACUGAUCAUCCUGUCGAAAGUAUUGUUCUCUAGGAAGUUAUUGGAGUAUAUUCAAAUCUAGAAAUUGAUUGACUCUGACAACCGUGAAAUUGUCUUACGCGCAGUAAUGAGUUCUCUCAUACAAGCCGCAAUUAAAGCAGCCUUUUGUGUAUUCAUAAUACAUAACGUAACGUACGCUACGUUUGUGAAACAGCAUGAUGGCCAAAAAGUUCUUCGUGUAGAUAUACAUAUAUAUUUCUUUUUGUGAUAUAAUAUUGUUUUUUUUUAACGUUUAUCUUUGUCAAUAUAGGUAAGUGAAUUACCAUCAUAUCAUCAGUAUUUAAUUUCAUGUAACUAUUGUAAAAAUGGUAUUUGUAAUUUUUUUAUCUUUUCACAUCGUCUAGCAUUCCCUAUCAUAUUUCCGCAUAGUAUGUAAGUAAAGUUAGGUGGAGAUAUUCGUAAGCUUGCCGUUUUUGUCGGAAACUAAAACUGAUGAAAGGGCUAUAUAUAUAUAUAUAUAUAUGUAUGUCUUAUAAAUUGGUAACUAUCAUGCCCUUUUUGUCUCCUUCACAAUUGGGUCCUGAAUGUCCAAUGAAAAUCAAUCCACAUAUAGUUCCAUAAUAUUUAUGCAACUUCAAUCAUCAACACAUGGUGUGUUCCCGAUAAUGUGUCAAUAGUCGAUGAUUAAAAAGCUAAAAUACGUCUAAGCUAAAUCGUCGUGAAUUAAUCAAUAUCUUGUAUCUGUAUACCGAGUUGGUAAAUAUUCAUAAAAAAUGCUAAUAGCCAAGUCGUUUUUAAUUUUCGCUGUUGACAUUCUAAAAUUAUUUUCUGUUUGUGAUGAUAAGCUAUUCACGACAACUCCAAUCGGACAAACCUAAUCAUGUUUAAAAACAAUCCCAAAUCAAUAAAAUCCUCAUUGUGGAUACAAAAAUAUUUGUUAGAAAAUAAAAUACAAUUUAAAAUCAA